GCCUGAUGUAGAGCAACAACCUCCCUUCACCUGUGAAGAUUACAAGGCAGCAAGAAGAGAUUCCUCCAGACAAAGUCUUGCAACAGCAAGAGCAGCCCCAGCUGUUUACUUUGCCUGAAAUGUAGUGCUGAAACCCUCUGCUUUACAAUUGCUGUUCUGAAAAUUCCCUCUACUGUGGAAGCAGCUCUGACAAGCUGAGGUGCACAGGAUUGCAGGUGUAACUGGGUAUCUUGUUAUCAGAAGCGAAAUGAAUAACUCAACGUACAUAAACUCUUCCACUGAAAAUGUGAUGGCCUUGGAGAGCCCCUACAAAACUGUUGAGGUGGUGUUCAUCGUCCUGGUGGCAGGGUCUCUCAGCCUGGUCACCAUAAUUGGGAACAUCCUGGUCAUGGUGUCAAUCAAAGUCAACAGGCACCUCCAGACUGUCAACAAUUAUUUCCUGUUCAGCCUGGCCUGUGCUGACUUGAUCAUCGGCAUCUUUUCCAUGAACCUGUACACCCUCUACACUGUGAUAGGCUACUGGCCCUUGGGGCCUGUGGUGUGUGACCUCUGGCUGGCUCUUGACUACGUGGUCAGCAACGCCUCUGUAAUGAACCUGCUCAUUAUCAGCUUUGACAGGUACUUUUGUGUCACCAAGCCUCUGACGUAUCCCGUAAAGCGGACCACCAAGAUGGCCGGCAUGAUGAUCGCAGCCGCCUGGGUGCUGUCCUUCAUCCUCUGGGCCCCUGCAAUUCUCUUCUGGCAAUUCAUUGUGGGAGGAAGGACUGUUCCAGAUGGGGAUUGCUACAUCCAGUUUUUUUCCAACCCUGCUGUCACUUUUGGCACUGCCAUUGCAGCCUUCUAUUUGCCUGUUAUCAUCAUGACUGUCCUUUACUGGCAAAUCUCUCGGGCCAGUAAGAGUCGGAUAAAGAAAGGAAAGAAGGAAGCUGCCCAAAACCAAGAAACAGUUUCCCCCAGCCUUGUCCAAGGUAAAAUAGUGAAACCAAACAAUAACAAUAUCCCGACCAGCGGAGAUGGGUUGGAGCACAGCAAAAUUCAGAAUGGGAAAACCAGCGAAGAGACUGUAACCAAUAACUCUGUUCAAGGGGAGAAGGAGAGCUCCAACGACUCCACCUCCAUCAGUGUGGUCGCUUCCAACUUGAAAGAGGAUGAAGCUACCAAAGAUACCAGACAGGCUUCUGCCUCCCAAGCCCAUGUCAAAGCAGAGAACUCCAAGCUGACAUGCAUCAGGAUAGUCACCAAGUCCCAAAAGGGGGACUGCUGUGCCCCUACCAACACUACUGUGGAGAUCGUAGGCACGAACGGGGAGGAGAAGCAAAACAGCGUAGCCCGGAAAAUUGUCAAGAUGACAAAGCAGCCAGCCAAAAAGAAACCGCCCCCUUCUAGAGAGAAAAAAGUGACAAGGACGAUUUUGGCCAUCCUCCUGGCCUUCAUCAUCACCUGGACCCCAUACAAUGUGAUGGUGCUCAUCAACAGCUUCUGCACAUCCUGCAUCCCUAACACCGUAUGGACCAUAGGAUACUGGCUCUGUUACAUCAACAGCACCAUCAACCCCGCCUGCUACGCGCUCUGCAAUGCCACUUUCAAGAAGACCUUUAAGCACCUUCUUAUGUGUCAUUACAAGAAUAUAGGAGCUACAAGGUAAAAAUAAUAAUAAAAAUAAUUAUAGAAAGGGUGAAGAAGUUCCAAAUUAAAUUUAAAAAACCCUCAACGCUAUAGCACUUUAUGCUCUUCUGUGGAAUGUGCAAUCCAGGAUGUUGGUGGAAAUACUGAUAAGGGGCAUCAGCUGUACCCCUGAGGACUACACUUUAAAACAUUUUUUUAAUAAAUGAAAAUAAAUCUUUAGGACACAGGGAUGUUUGAGAAAUUAAUCAAGUAUGUGGACUGGAGGCACAGUUCCUUACUUUCUGAGAGUAUUCUGCAGAAGGGCUUCAAAGUCUGAUUUUUGGUCAUUUUGUGUAAAAAACUUGUUCUUUCAUUCUCUUUUCUCUUGUUUUUUCCUGUGUGUGUUUAUUACAUCUUCAUCUAGGUAAAAAAACCCAAAUUUUAAUAAUAACUGUGUGGAAGAGGCAUAGGAAUUUGGAUGAUCAUUGUAUAAUCCAAAUCAACCAUAGCAGAAAUUUUCUAAAGCUCAAAAUUGUCUAAAACUGUUUUACCACUGUCAUGUAAGAUGCUCAAUGUUAGGUAAAUCAUGAUGGAAGUUUUUUAUGUUGUUUAUGACCCCACCAUUUCCAAAACCACAUCAGUUCUGAAAGUGUACUUAUGCGCAACAUGUAAUCAUUGUAUAUCGUUCCAAGUCUGCUGCUUGCCCCCUCCCAGGGGUUUUUGUUCUGUGACUGCUUCAUCAUGACAAGAUCAAAGUGAAAAGACAUGGUCUCACCCAGAUUGCUACAUGCCAAGACUUCUUCAGCAUCUGUGUAAACCAAAGCUUUUGAGAUGAUUUUGGUCACUUUGUUCAUCAUGUAACAUCGACCUGUGGAUUUGUCUAUUACUUCCAUCAGCCUUUUCUUCCUUUGUGUACCUUACUUGUCCAGGGCAAGACGGAAUACCAAAAGAAGCUGUAAAUUAAAAGGUCUCAUCCAGUCUGCCACUAUGGUGGCCAAACAAAGGGUCUCAGCUGAAGAAUAGAAACAAGAUUAUUACUAGGAAAAUGAAAGGCUACAUCCAUUUAAAGUUGGAUGUACAGAUGAAGAGGUAUGCUGAGGUUUCACAGAAUGAAUAGUUAAUAUUAGAUGAACCAUGCUCUUGACCCAUCAAAAGAUGAUUUUUGAUUAAUUGAUUGAGGAAAAGAAUAAGAUAGACUGACAUACCCAUCUGGAUCGAGCUCUGCUAAGCCCUUAGUGUGAAACUGGGGUUCUUUCUGGGUGAAUCCUGGACAAGAUGUUUGCUUGCUGGAAAAGAUACUGGUCACAUUGCCUUGUACUACCUGAGAGCCAUAUUUUGACUGUAAGUCAAGGGGUAACACUAAUAAAAUGGCAGAGAGGAAAAUUGUGAUUACAGAAAACCAGGUACAGAAAUAAUCUGGAUGGGAGUCUGGCAUGGAUUAAAUUCAAAUAUUUUUUUGCUACUCUACACUAGAGUAGCAAAUACACAUGAAAUUUUGAUUAUUUCUGCCUGACAAAGUAUUUAGUAUUCCAAUAUUUGAUAUUUACUGUAGUAAAACUAAACAUUUUGUGGACAGGUCAAAGUGUAUCAGAUUACUGAAAACAGAGAUUUUCUAUGAGUUACGCAUAUUUUAUUUACCUUCUUCUUAGUACCUCUAACUUCCAGCACUGACAAAGGUACAUUUAUAUAUUUUGUUACCAAAAAGAGCAUACACAGUGUCCUAAGGGUCUCUUUUCUGGAGUGAAAGCCACCCACCAAACAGGACACAAAUUCGUUCUGUUAUUUCAUGCUACAGUUUUAGAGUAUUGCAAAAUUCACCUCAAAAUAGCAGCCUCUGAGAUUACAGAGAAAUUAAUCUUGCAGAAUUAAGUUUUACAUUUGACAAGCUUAUUGGAACACAGUGUCAAAGCACUUUGGUAUCAUGACAAUUUUCGUGUUUUGUAGUACCAGUUCCCAGCAGAAAGUGAAAAUGAGGAGGAUUAAACUGCAGAAAAUUAAGGCCACGUUAAAACUCCGGAUUAAUGUGUCUUAAUAUGAAGUCAUUGAAUUUAUACCCUAGUGAUUUAAUCCUAAUAUAACUGUCUCUAUAUAGCCAAGGAUCUAAUUCUGCAACUCUCACUUGCCUUGAGUUAUAUCCACUAUCACUGUUUUGAUCUUCCUACUUGUAAGGAAGAAUAAGUCAAUGACAAAGCUUGCCAAACUGAGCACUGCUUGCAUUUUAAAACUUCAUUCUCUAGGUUUAUCUUGACAGGUCAAAGAAGGACUUAUGCAUUCCUGGGUUGUUCAUUCAUUUUUGUGGUAAAAAAAUCCAGAUAAAAUCCCAAGAUAAAAUAAAAUCAAAUACGUUCGAUUUCUAAAUCUGACUUCUUUAGAAAAGUUGCAUAAAAGUAACGCACCUGUUUCUUUCUUUCAGCAAGUGCUGUGGGUAUCAAUAGUACAGGUACUCAAACUGGGAAAUGAUGAUUUGUACAGCCAUACUUAAUCUUUUAACUCUGGCUUUCUAUCAGAUGUGCAAAUAUUUUAUUCACACAUUUGAAGCUAUCACUUGCCCAUAAUGAAUUAAUCUAACAGCUAAGGAUGCUCCUUCAGGCUAAAAAGUGGACAGGCAGAUUGCACUUAUACUUCAUCAUGUGAUAUGAUGACACUCAAAAUACCACAGGAAGGAAAGUACUUUGGUGCCAGCACUUGUAAAAAAAAACCCAAAAAACAAAAAACAAAAAAACAAGCAAAGGAAAAUUAUGAGUUUGAAGUUUUCUAGUGCUUUUCCCCUAGCACCAUCCUCACUUUUGAUCUUAAGAGACAAGGUGCUUUGAUUUGUGUUACAGUAUACCUAAAAGGCUUGCAGGACACACAGUCCUCUGUGCUUCCACCCCAUAACAGUUCCAUGGUACAUUUACAUUUGCAGACUAUUAAACAGUGUAAAAAUGGAUGACAUAGUGCACCUACGUAUGCAUCCACAGGCAUGCAAACACACAACCCUACAUGGUUUAUAUAUGUGAAAAACAGCCAGCUAAUAUUCAAGAUAUUGCAUGACAUUUUGUCUGCUUUGUGUGCAUUGCCAGCUGCUGGGAGGUACAGAACCAACUCUUAUUGAAGUGUUUAGCCCCUCCUGAAGGCAGAGAAGAGGCAGAAUGUGCCCUCAGAUAUUGGGAACCUCUUGGGUUUUCAGCUGGUUGUGGCUCAGUAAGACAAAAAUGUGAUAAUGGGUCAGAACUGCAAAGUAAUUGGUUCUUGAAUAUCCUUUGAGCAUUCAUGUCUUUCCUUUGUGUCCCAAACUACGUUCACCAGGUUUCACUUCCCUUCUGAGUGAUAGUUCUGCAGGAUCUAGAUGUCAGUCUUGAAGAGCAGCUCUCCCUGGGUAACUUCGGCUUCCCUGGCUGUCACCUGCACCCUGUGGUCCCCAAGGCCCCAGGUGGCCCUGCUGCUGGAGCUGCCGCAUCUUCACCUUGGGCUUGGCCAGGGGAUCCCAGCAGCACGUCCACACCAUCUGCUGCUCUGGCCACUUCUGUUUCACACAGAAAUCAAGCACACUGUGCAGGUAACUCAUGAGAACAAAAAAGAAAAAAUAUCCCAAAAGCUAUAACCAACAACAAAAAAUUGCAGCUGGAACUUCUUGCCGCCUCCUUUUCUUCCUCUUUCAUUAUUUCCAGAAAGAGGCAGCCCACAGGGAGUGAUUUGUGCUGUUGUGGGACAGUCCUACCUUCCCGCUCCAGGAAGAGAACAGCAACUUGGAGAUGCAUCAGUCCAGGGUCAACUUUUCUGAGUAUUAAAAAUGUCUGUGGUCAAAGAGAAAGGAAGAAAGGAAGAAAGAAAAAGAAAGGAAAAGGAAACAGAAAAGGAAAAGAA